UGUGUCCCAAUACGGAAAUAUAUAGUAUGGUCACAUGGUCCAAAGAAGUCUUGGACGUAUAAAUUAGGUAUAGAAUAAGUAUUCAUAUUGGUCAAGUUUCUUAUGUGUGCAUAUUUCACCUGUUGGGGUGAAAACAAGUUUGAUUGAUAGGGGCGUGCCUGGACCAUAAACAAAAAAUUAUUUCAUCCAUUAUAAAUAUAUGUUAUCUUUAGAAAUGAAAAUUUAAUGUUCGCCUGGCUGUGCUAGGCUUGAACAUUUAAUUUUAAAAAGACCUCCAAAUAAACAAUAACCUGUACAAGAUGACUGGUGUGAUGGUGUUAUGAUUAAUAAUAUGAUGAUAUUUCAAUAAUACUAACUGUUCUUUUUCUUAUGGAACUAUUUUGUCCCAUUCUCGCUACAUGAAGGAUUCUAUAUAUACUGCACUUAUCUGGGGCUGUAUUCAAUAUAAUUUUUAUUCUAAGACAUGCCUCAGUGAUUCCAUACAUUCUUUAGUCCAAUCAAAACAAUCUGAAAUUUUAGUCAAACAGCUGGUUAUUACAUUCAGCCCCUGAUUUCAAAUUUACCCUCAAAUGACCUUUAAUCUGUGAAAGUUUAGAGAAAUAGAAGAAAAAAAAAAGUUGCAAGUAUACAUGUACUAUUUUUUCUUCUUAGUAUCAGUAUCAUUAAAACAUUUAAAGAAUGGUAAGGUCAUACAUGUUAUUUGUUUGCCUUAAUGCAAAAAACUUGAGUAAUUAUAAAAUUUGUCCCAUGGAAGAAAUGUGUCAAUAUAAUCAGAUCACCAGGUUAAAAACAAUAGAGUUAAUUGACUAAAACAAUUGGAGGUGAAAUUUAAGAAAAUGUUUGAUACCAGUCCAUGAGAAUCAAACAUUAAUAGUUCAUUAACCAGUCUAACUGAAUUCGGUGUUACAUACUUUGUGUUUAAGUUGUUAAUAUUGUGAAAUAAAAAGUGUGCUGAUGAUGAAACAUGUCAAUAUUUUUUUAUUAUUUAAAUGGAUACAACUUAGAGCAUAAGCUUCAUGUUUGAAGUCCAGCUGUUUGCAGAUGUGUACAUAAUAUAGCGGUCAAAUAACCAAUCAAAAUGGGAUGUUGCUGUUCUCGGAAGAAGAAAGUAGUCCGCUGGCAGGUAGCAGACGAGGGUCCUGCUGAUGAAAAAUUCACCAACAAAGAGUGGCUACCCAAAAUCAUCACAAAAAAGCCCAGAUACGCUCACCCUGUGGGCUCGUUCGGGGUCAAGAUACUCGAUGAUGAACAGGAAUGCAAUAUAACAGGAGCAGCGUUCUUACCAAAUGGGGACAUAUUUCUUGUAGAUAAAGCAAAUAAAAAAUUGAAACUUUUUGAUAAAAAGAGUUACAAGUUUAUAAUGAGUUCUCAAGUUCCAUCUUAUCCAGAAAGUGCAUGUGGGAUUCCUGAUUCUCCGAAUGUUUUUGUGACUUUUCCCGCAUCAAGUAGAAUACGAAAUAUUGGAAUGUCAAGGAGCGAAAUGCAGCGUGUUGAUACAGUACAAACAAUUGGUAGAUGCACAGCUAUAAGUAGUAACAAGUACGGUGGUCUAGCAGUGGCGGUCAACAUGAUGGGCAACCAAUGGCAGAUACAUCUAAUGAAUGCAGCAGGAAAAGUGCAGAAGAAAAUCCACUCAGAAAUGCUAUUUGUGAACCCAGAACAUAUAGCCAUAACACCAGAACUGAACCUUGUGGUGUCGGACAAGGGUAACAACACUAUUUUCCAUCUGACCCCAGAAGGCUAUGUGAUAUUUGCAUACAAAGACCUUCUAUCGCCCAAAGAUGUUUUCGUGGAUAAAAAAGGCUAUAUAUACGUUAUUGGGUCAGACAGAAUCCAUCAGCUUAAUGAACGAGGAGAGAAAGUUCAGUACAUGUUGUCAAAGGCAGAGAUAGGAUUUUCUCCACAGACUUUAGCCUACCGGGAAAAAGAUGAAUUCCUUCUGGUUGCUGGAAGGUCAGACAAGGUCAAAGUCUAUGCAAUGAGUUGAUUAAAAUUGAAACAUUGUGUAUCUCAAUUCAUGAAUUUAUUAAUCUGAAAACUGGUUUCCACUAUAAAGUUAACUUAAUUUUGAACAAUGUGUUGUCAAAGUCUCCUCCAGCAGUUGGUUUAAACAUAUUUUGUUCAACAUAUAAAACAAACUACACAGAAUAUGCACACCCACAAGUUGUCUAUAAUAUUGAAAUAGAUUGGAACGAAAGCAUAGCUUAUAGAAUUCUUGCAGUUGAUGUACAAGAUUGUAAAUGUGUAUCUCAUUUAAGAGCUCAUGAUUCUAAACGUCCAAGACCUGACUGUGACUAGAACGGAUUAUGUCUGAUUCAUAAGCAGAAUAGGAUUUUUUAAAAGCUUAAUACAUACUAGAACUCCGCGAGUCGGAUGUGUCGCCUGACGAAUUAUUUACUGUCGACAUUAUAGCUGUUAGAUUGGCAUUUUAUUCAUUUAUAGACAAUGAUGUUGCCAUUUAACUUUCAAGUGUAGGUGGCAUUUGAACCCUCAAUCAGAUAUACCUACGGAAUAAGUUUCAGGUUGAAACCUCCUAUAGUUUACGAGAUAUGCCACGGACAAAACCUAAGCAAGAAAAUUAACAAAGGGCAAUAACUCUAAAAAUAUGGCAGCAAGAGUAACGGUUCUUGUGCACUGCACUUGCCCUCAAUGAGAUCUAUCUAGCUAUGAAGUUUCAAGUUGAUACCUCUUAUAUUCUUCAAGAUAUGGCCCGUACAAAACUUUAAGCAUGAAAAUUAACAAAGGGCAAUAACUUUAAAACUAAUUGUGCAUUGCACUUGCCCUCAAUGAGAUAUAUCUAGCUAUGAAGUUUCAAGUUGAUACCUCUUAUAUUCUUCAAGAUAUGCCCCGGACAAAUCUUUAAGCAUGAAAAUUAACAAAGGGCAAUAACUUUAAAACUAAGAAAGCAAGAGUUACUGUUAUUGUGCACUGCACUUGCCCUCAAUGAGAUCUGUCUAGCUAUGAAGUUUCAAGUUGAUACCUCUUAUAUUCUUCAAGAUAUGCCCCGGACAAAACUUUAAGCAUGAAAAUUAACAAAGGGCAAUAAUUUUAAAACAAAGAAAGCAAUAGUAACAGUUCUUGUGCACUGCACUUGCCCUCAAUUAGAUCUAUGUACAUAUGAAGUUUCAAGUUGAUACCACUAAUAGUUUAGGAGAUAUACCCCGGACAAGCGAAAAUGUGACGCGGACGCCGCCGACAAAAGUAACCCCUAUAUGUCGUCUUUUCAGGCCACACAAAAAUGGGUGUUUUCCAGUAUUUUCUCAUAAAAAGAGGUCACCAUCAUGAAAUAAUAUCAUUAUAAGAUUAUUAUUAUCUUGAUAGACAACCAGCACUUUAAAUAGUGCAAUAACUUUUGAUGUGACAUCAUAGGUAAACAACCUUGACAAGCUUUUAUACUCUGAGGUUUUAUGUAUUUGGUCCUGUUAAUCAUCAAAUUAGUAUUUAUAUAUUAUAAAUAGAAUGUCACAUUCAAGGUUAUUCAAUAUAAAAUUGAUUAAACUCAUUUAAUUAAACUGAUGAAAUCUCACCAAGACUUUUUUUUUAUAUUUCAGAAUACUUGUUUAAUUAAUUCCGUAUUGAAUGACAACUCAUGUAAUUUCCCCUCUCUCUCUAUAUAUAUAUGGUUGAGGACAACAUGAUCAUGCUGUAGUAUAAUGGGAUUAAUGUGUUGAAAAAGUUUCCUUUUUUGUAAGUUUGUUAUAAUUGUUAACAUUUUUGUAAUUCACACGAAUAAACAUGAUUAAUUUUAUGAUUUUUUUAGUUGAUUUUUAUAAUUCUUUUUUUGUAUGAAACAAAUCAUGUGAAAAACAUAUUUACAUUAAUUUUUAAGAAAAGUUGUAUUCAUUCAUAAUUUUUGUUAUAUUAUUAUCAUAAUCUUAUUCAUGCAGUUUCUGCACCAAAGAAGGCAAGACAAAUCAGUUUUCAGCCCAUGUAUGUGAUUCUACAGCGACAUUUUCAAGUAAACCAAAUGCCUAGGUCCUUGUUUGGACAGUUAUAUUCUCAACUCAACUUCAGAAUGCAACACCAAAAUAAUUGUGGCUAUCCCCAUCGGAAAUCGGUCUCAUGGUAUUGAAGAUCAUUUCACCACCCAAAAGGCUAAACAAAUUAACAUCAAAGCAACUUGUUGGAGCCUCUCAAAUGGACACAAGUAAGGGUUUCUGCCCAGUAAAAGGCCUUUAGGGACAUGAGAGAGAUUCACAUGAACAUUUAGCUGUCUUUGCAGUCAAGUGGAUUGAAAAGGAACUAGGUUAAUAGA